UUUAGCCUCCGUAGCCAAGAGAUUUAUUUUUUUGGAGGGGAUGAUAUGAGGUCACAGGAUAAUAUAUAUAAUCACUGAUUACAGAAUGAGAAGGAGCAAGCUGACAGUUCCGGAGAACAGAAGCCAAGGGAGACUUCUGCCUCUUGCUAAUCAUGUACAAGCUGGUCCCCUGCUGUCUGCUUCUCACGGCAUUCUUGAAUCCUCUCUCAUCUCGUCCUGUCCGGGACUCCAGGGCAGAGCCCCUGCUGCUCUCCGCACCUGGUGAAGAUGCAAGAUCAACUCUGGAUGAACUGGAAAGAGAGUUCCUGAGGCAGGUGCUGCCAGAGAUGUCAGGUGCAGAGGGAGGUGACGGCCCCAGGAAAGCAGAUCCCAGUACCAACAUUGUUAAAGCACAAGGACGCGUGGGAAAGUUUCAGGCCUUUUCUGGACAAGAUCCUAACGUCUUACUGAGUCAUCUUUUGGCCAGAAUCAGGAAACAACAUAAGAAACGUGGACCACCCCCUGAAUGCUUCUGGAAAUACUGUGUCUGAAGUAAAAGCAACAUCUGCCAGCCAACUCAAAAGCAACCAUCUUAGGAGAUUAAAAAUAAAAAUGCUUGAUUGAAAGCUGCAUAGAAGAGAAACUAGGCAAACUAUGCUCAGCUCAUAAUUAUUUGGAAAAUAAAUUCUCUAUGUUUUGCAAAUAUCAUGAGUGGUUAUUUUACUCAUAAACAUAUCCUGAAAAUCUAUAAUUUUUCUUUUCAUCAAUUUAUUCUUAAAGAAGUCUCUGGAAAUUUAAAAGUAAAGCCAAUAAAUGAACAGAAGCAAAUACUAAGAGGAAAAAGUGGUAAAAGCAAAAUUUAGUUAACAUAGUUUAACUAUAAAUCAUUUAAAUAAACUACAUCAUCUUAGCUAUCAUGUGCACUCAAUCCUUAAAAAUGACAAUACACGUUGUUACUUUAAAAAAAAAAAUUAGAGAGUGACAUCAGCAUCAUGGCGGAGUGAACUUUCCCAGGACUCUCUCCCCUCCAACAUACAACAAAAAGGAGCAACCAUAUUCCAACAGAAAAUACCCUAACAGCACAAAAAUCCUCGGAAAGAUACACAGCCACACAAUGGAGGGCGGAGAGGCUGGAGCCCCCCCUCGGAGGAGCUGGAAUGGGGUGAGAGAGAUCCUUGCUCCCUCCCCUAAAGACUGUGGUCCCUGCUGCAGGGGGCAGGUUCCAUGAGGGAAGGAGUGGGGCAGGGGCCAUGCAUCCAUUGGAUCACCAAGGAUGGCCUAGCGCUCUUGCAGCCUAAAGGGAAGCCCUCUAACAGGGUGAAAGCUUUCGUGUGGUGUGACCUCAUCAAGCCAAGACCCCAGGAGACCAGAUAGAGACAGCUGAUCAGGAAAUCCAGAGGGCAUGCAGGAGAAACCGCCCCUCCCCUGACCUAUGCCUCGCCAGGCCAUCUCGGCUGAAGGCGGAGGGCUCAGAAUACGUGGCUCUCAACCCCUACCCAGUGGCGAUAGGCUGUAACUGCAACUGAAUAAUAUGAGAAUGAGAAAGACCCGACCUUCCAACAGCAGGCACUUGGUCAAAUCUCCAGACCAGAGAGAAAACGACAAGUACCCAGAACUCAGUCCUGAGGACAGAAAUAUGUAAACUAAAUGACAAUGAAUUCAAAAUAGCUAUCAUCAAAAAAAGAUCUGUAUCUUAGCUUGGAAAAAUCUCUAAAGUGAAGGAUGGCUAAUGAUGAGGGCCUGGAACAUCCUACAUUUUCCUGAGUUUCUGACGGGGCAUGCUCACAUGCUCAGAUCCCCUCCCUUAGCUGACCACAGUAUUGAACACCCAAGAACUUUAAUCUCUUAACAGUGAAACAUGUUUCAUCUUAGUUCCUGUGAGCUCAAGGAUCACAGUUCAUUUAUACCAGAAAAAUACCCUCAUAAUCUGUUUCUUGUAUUGAGAAGAAAUCUGAGGUGAGAUUUAAGAUUGUGGAAUGAAAGAAAUAGCCUGGUUUGUUAAUUUUUAAAAACCACUUAUGUGUGUGUACAUACUAACACAUUCUCUUAAUACACCUAUAUAAAUGUAGCAUAUACACACAUAUACGAUAUAUAGUGUGCACUCCUGAGAGCUCUGUGUACCCUCCGGUGCAGAGCCAUGCAUGAGGGAGUGCUGAAUUUCUACUGAGAAACUUGAGCUUCCCUACUCAGCUCUGCCUUCAACCACAACACCACUUAGGAGGACUGAAGUCUCAGAUCUGCAUAAAAAAGCCACAUGACUGGGAGUGUCUUGUCAACAACUAUCAAAAAUCUCCGACACAGCACACGUUUGGUCAAUCUUUCACUCUCAUUUAAGACAUCAAGAACAAAUCUAUAGGGAAAGACGUUUUAAACUCGAAGAAUGGAUGCGUAACCUCAGAAACGCGGACACUAAGUACAGCUGUGGCAACACUGUGGCGUAUACCUCUCACUGUUGAAAUUAAACCAAUACUAGUCCUCUAACACAGAACGUCCCCACCCUGAACCUACACCAGAAGGUUAAGGUGGAACGCCGCUGCAGUCUAAUUCUAACAUCCCUUCCUUGUUUUAGCGAUGUAGCCAAGUAUUCUCACAGACGGGGCUCUCGAGUCAGUUACGUUCCAACCCCUGCUCUCACCGCACAUAUCUGAGUCCUCCCUCCACCUCAGCGUCCUUCUCUGCACAACAAGGAGAACAGCGAUGCUGGCUGCCCGGGUUCUCGAGAGCGCUAAAUGAAGCAACUUGGGGGCACUAGGGUUGUGUCCAUCAAUAAACAUGUAGCUUCUUUUUCUUCUUGGUAUUGUUAUUGUUGUUUUGUUAUAGAAAGAUGCAAACUGUUUGAAAGGUGUAACAUUGUAAAAGCCCUGUUGGCUUCAGGAUCUUGUUCCAUAUUUAAUUUUGAGACUUUGUUGCUGCCAGUUACACAGACUUUGUGAAACACAGCUUCACUCUACAGAAUCAGAAAGAGUAAUUUUGAUAACUGAAUUUUACAAAUUAGGCAUUAAAAUUAGUACUGAAAAUAUGUACAUAUGUUCAGGACCCAAUAAAUUCUUCACAAAGUGCUGGAGUGAGGAUUCAGUAUAAGAUGAUGAAUUUGAAAAUGCCAGUAUCUUCCACACAGGAGGAGCUUGGGCACAUUUGACAAGGCAACACAAGGUGCCACUGAGAAAACCAGUAAUAAU